GCGCAGACCCAAGUAACUGCCGGUUGGAGGCGGCCGAGCCGCAGUGGAGAGAGACCUGGGUGGCUGAGGCUGCGGCGCGGGCGGCCUCCAGCUCCUCCAGGGUUCCCCGACGUGCUGCCCUCGUUUUAAUGCGCAGCGACUUCGGGUUAUCUCUCCUUUGCUUCUCGUAGGAGUCGCAGUUCCAGGAGCAACAGCCUAGAAGAGGACGCGGUCCCCGCACAGAGGGCUUCAGCACCAUCCCCCCGACCAUUAGGCGGCGGGAUGUCUGUGGUCGGCAUUGACCUCGGCUUUCUCAACUGCUACAUCGCAGUAGCGAGGAGUGGCGGCAUCGAAACCAUCGCCAAUGAGUACAGCGACAGGUGUACCCCAGCCUGUAUAUCUUUGGGAUCAAGAACGCGAGCCAUUGGAAAUGCAGCUAAGAGCCAGAUAGUCACGAAUGUAAGAAAUACAAUUCAUGGUUUCAAAAAGCUUCAUGGGCGAUCAUUUGAUGAUCCUGUUGUGCAGACUGAAAGGAUCAGGCUUCCCUAUGAGCUGCAGAAGAUGCCUAAUGGAAGUGCAGGAGUUAAGGUGCGAUACCUAGAAGAAGAGAGACCUUUUGCAAUCGAGCAAGUUACUGGAAUGCUGUUGGCUAAGCUUAAAGAGACUUCAGAAAAUGCUUUGAAGAAACCAGUGGCUGACUGUGUGAUUUCAAUUCCGAGCUUUUUCACUGAUGCUGAGAGAAGAUCUGUGAUGGCUGCAGCCCAGGUUGCAGGCUUAAAUUGUUUAAGGCUAAUGAAUGAAACUACUGCAGUUGCGCUGGCAUAUGGAAUUUAUAAACAGGAUCUUCCUCCGUUAGAUGAGAAACCAAGAAAUGUAAUAUUUAUUGAUAUGGGACAUUCUGCCUACCAGAUCUCAGUUUGUGCUUUUAACAAAGGAAAACUUAAAGUCUUGGCUACUACCUUUGAUCCAUAUUUGGGUGGCAGGAACUUUGAUGAGGUUUUAGUAGACUACUUCUGUGAUGAGUUCAAGACAAAAUAUAAGAUAAAUGUAAAAGAAAACUCUCGGGCCUUGUUGCGCUUACAUCAGGAAUGUGAAAAACUAAAGAAGCUAAUGAGUGCAAAUGCAUCAGACCUUCCACUGAACAUUGAGUGUUUCAUGAAUGACCUUGAUGUUUCUAGUAAAAUGAACAGGGCUCAGUUUGAACAAUUAUGUGCUUCCCUCUUAGCCAGAGUUGACCCACCAUUAAAAGCAGUAAUGGAACAAGCUAACUUACAACAUGAAGACAUAAGUAGUAUAGAAAUUGUAGGGGGAGCAACACGAAUUCCUGCUGUGAAGGAACAAAUCACUAAAUUCUUUCUUAAAGACAUAAGUACCACAUUAAAUGCUGAUGAAGCUGUUGCAAGAGGAUGUGCAUUACAGUGUGCGAUUCUCUCACCAGCAUUUAAAGUGCGUGAAUUUUCCAUAACAGACCUUGUUCCCUAUUCAAUCACGUUAAGAUGGAAGACCUCUUUUGAAGAUGGGACUGGGGAAUGUGAAGUAUUCUGUAAGAACCAUCCUGCCCCAUUCUCAAAAGUCAUUACUUUCCACAAGAAAGAACCAUUUGAACUAGAAGCAUUUUAUACUAAUUUACAUGAAGUGCCUUAUCCAGAUCCAAGAAUUGGGAGCUUCGCUAUUCAGAAUGUUUUCCCACAGUCUGAUGGUGAUAGUUCCAAAGUUAAGGUUAAAGUUCGUAUUAACAUCCAUGGAAUCUUCAGUGUGGCUAGUGCAUCAGUAAUUGAGAAGCAGAAUAUAGAAGGGGAUCACAGUGAUGUUCCUAUGGAGACAGAAACUUCCGUUAAGAAUGAAAGCAAGGAUGAUGUGGAUAAAAUGCAGGUUGACCAGGAAGAAGAGGGUCAUCAAAAAUGUCAUGCUGAACACACUCCAGAAGAAGAAAUUGAUCAUACAGGAACCAAAACAAAGUCUGUACCCUCAGAUAAUCAAGAGCGAUUAAACCAGACCAUUAAAAAAGGAAGAGUCAAGAGUAUUGAUCUACCUAUCCAGAGUAGCCUGUGUAGGCAAUUGGGCCAAGAUCUUCUCAACAUCUACAUUGAAAAUGAGGGGAAGAUGAUAAUGCAGGAUAAAUUAGAGAAAGAAAGAAAUGAUGCGAAGAAUGCUGUUGAAGAAUAUGUAUAUGAUUUUAGGGACAAGCUUGGCACUGUCUAUGAAAAAUUCAUCACCCAAGAAGACUUGAGAAAACUGUCUGCAAUAUUGGAAGACACAGAAAAUUGGCUUUAUGAAGAAGGAGAGGACCAAGCUAAACAGAUUUAUGUGGAUAAGCUUCAAGAACUAAAGAAAUAUGGCCAGCCUAUUCAAAUGAGGUACGUGGAACAUGAAGAGAGACCAAAAGCUUUAAACGACUUGGGAAAAAAGAUCCAACUUGUCAUGAAAGUUAUAGAAGCAUACAGAAACAAGGAUGAAAGAUACGAUCAUUUGGAUCCUGCUGAAAUGGAAAAAGUUGAAAAAUAUAUCAGUGAAGCCAUGAGUUGGCUGAACAGUAAGAUGAAUGCACAGAACAAACUAAGUCUCACUCAAGAUCCUGUGGUGAAAGUUUCAGAAAUAGUCGCAAAGUCAAAGGAACUGGAUCAUUUCUGUAACCCCAUCAUUUAUAAGCCCAAACCGAAAGUAGAGGUUGCUGAAGACAAGGCAAAAGCUAAUAGUGAACACAACGGACCAGUGGAUGGACAGAGUGGGACUGAAACUAAACCAGAUACAACAAAAGGCAGCACACAGCAUACUAAAUCUUCUGGAGAGAUGGAAGUGGACUAGUCUUAAUUUUACCUUCACGUAAUUCAAACAGUACAAGUAACCACAGGGUCCAUUCUUCUUCUUUUACAUCUGGUACACACAACAGAUGUUUAGUUGUUCUUAACCACUUUUUGUCAUUUGUUUUUUGGAGUAGUUUUGAAAAGUGUUUUAUAUUGAGUGCACCUCUGUUCAUUUCCAUUGCUGCUUAAUGUGAAGCUUUAGCUGAAUAUACAUUAACAAGUCAGUUUAACCUUUCCUAAUAUAUUUUAUGUCAAACAUGCAAGAUUGAUAAGUAGUUGGCAACCUUAUUUAAAGCUUCUCCUUGGAUAAACCUCAGCUCCUUUAUUCAGAAAAGGAUACUGUAUUGCGCUACUGUUGCAGAAGCAUAGAUUUAAUUGCAUCAUUAUUUUGAAAAACAAAUAUUGAAAUUGAUGUGGUUUAAAGCCACCAAGUCACUGACCUUUUUCUAGUUAUGGUAUUGUUAUAAUUUAAAUAUUAAAACAAAUAAGAGGUUCCUUGACAAAUUAGUCCAUCUCGUUGGUGUGUCAUAAGAACUUCAAAACUUUGUUUUCAUCAUAUAAAUGAACUAAAUCACACAUUGAAAGGGAAAACGCACAGUUUUAUGUUAAGGUUACACCAGCAGUUAGCUUCUUUUCAUUAGUCAUGUGGAUUGAUGUUUC